AUGUUCGGUGAUGGAGCGGUUGCGCAAGUCUUGCUUUCGACGGGACAGACGACUGCGCCGGGUGGUAACGGGUUCGGACAAUAUCAGUCGAUUAACUGGGGCUGGGGCCUAGGCGUGAUGCUCGGACUGUACGUAGCAGGGGACUCUGGCGCAUACCUAAACCCGGCGAUUACUCUCAGCAACUGCAUCUUCCGUCAGUUGCCCUGGCGGCGGUUCCCCAUGUACUUCGCUGCGCAGAUGCUUGGUGGGUUCGUUGGGUCUGGGAUCGUAUACGCGAACUACAUCAGCUCUAUCGACUGGUUCGAGGGCGGGAAGAUGCGAACAGUGCCUCCAGCUGAGAAGGCUACAGCAAACAUCUUCUGCACUUACCCGCAGCCAUUCCUAACCAAGACCAGCCAGUUCUUCUCUGAGUUCAUCGCAAGUACACUGUUGAUGUUCGUUAUCUUCGCGUUGAAGGAUCCGAGCAAUAAUGGUGUUCCGAAGUCUGACAAAUGGUUCCCUCUUUGCCUGUUCUUCCUCAUCUUCGGCCUAGGGUCUUGCUUCGGCUGGCAGACUGGUUAUGCGAUCAAUAUCGCUCGUGACUUCAGCCCAAGGUUGAUGUCGUAUGCUGUUGGGUAUGGUCCUGAGGUGUGGUCUGCUGGCGGAUACUACUUCUGGAUCCCAAUGGUAGCACCGUUCCUUGGCUGCGCGUUUGGAGGUUUCCUGUAUGACAUCUUCAUCUACACGGGUCCCAGUCCCAUUAACUCGCCAUGGCUCGGCUUGAAGCAGCUCACUCCGGGUAAUGCGAUGCGAGCGAGGAGAGAGCAUAUAAGGAGAGAGAAAGAAGAGGGGAUUGUGUAA